AUGACUGGCUCUUCCUCCGACUCCGAUAGAAAAUCACAGAAGCCCCGAGUCAAUAUUGACCUCAGUCAUAAUAAAUCCAUUCCACAUCCUCCUCCAACUGAAGAAGCUGCCCAUCGUGAGAUCAACAUUACCGUUGGCCGUGACAAAAGAGUCACCACACUUCGUUCUGAUGAAGGGGCUCUUGCUGAGUUCCCAUACUUCCGUGCUCGGAUCGCUUCAAUCCGCUACGGACUACACGAUGCUACCAUCAUCAACCUCACUUUCGAGGACAUCGACCCUGAAGGUGGCACCCAAGUUUGGAAUUGGAUGCACGGUACAACAGUCAAAGAGUGUCUUGAGACCAAAGGAGAAUUCGGCCUACAGUUCCGAAUUCAUGCUAUGUAUUUAGCAGCCGUCGAAUGGAAACUGGAGCAUCUCAGGAAAAAACUUCUGGAAGCCUGCCGUGAGAUGCUCAAGUCAAGAAUAUUCGGGGACCUUCAUGGAUUUGUCAAGAUGAUGACGCAUAUCUAUAGUAUUAGUCCACAGGAGGAUCAAGGUGAUAUCUCUGACACUAUCAACUACGCUGUCAAGUAUUAUCCCGUUAGUAAGUGGUGGUGGAUUAUCAAACAUGACAACGAGCAUAGCUUCUACCAUCGUGUUGCUGGGCUGACUUUUCGAAAUCUCGAUGAAUUGGUUUGUACAAAGUGCACUCUUGGUACGAAACCCAAGCAUCAUGGUUGUAUCAUUUGUGGUGAGCGAUGCUGA